AUGUUCCGCCGCUCAGCGUGCUGGCUUAGUAAGAGGACGCCAGGGUACGUCUUUUGGCGCCAAAGUAGCUUGACGGAGUUGGAGCACUCCAAGCGCAACUAUCUUCUCUCCGAGCGUCCGGUGCCGAUCGGCGAGGUUUCGCGACGAAUGGCUCGCGUCAAGUCCCGCUACGAGGACACGCGCGAUUUUCAUGAACGCAACCUGCUCCGCGGUGAGUACAAGUACUUCACGGGCAAGCUGUGCGAUCUGCGUGCCGCCAGCCUCGGUGACAUGAUUGUGGUGCUGCAAUGUGGCGCUUUCUUCGGCUUCUGGGAUUCAGCGCAGGUAGACCGAAUUCUGGCGGAGCUCUUCCUGCAGCUGGAGGAAAUGAAGGCGGUAGAGCUGGUCGCACUCUUCGUCUGUAUGCCGCAGCUGCGCCGGCAAGAGAGCAACCUGUACCACCGCGUGGCUGUGGAGCUUGUCCCUCUCGUGCCAGACCUGACAACCGAGGAGUGCCUGGCGGUGUGCCGCGCCUGUACCACCGAAACUCCCCCAGAGCUGACGGAGUCGGUGCUGCGUGAGCUCGCCGAGCACUCGGAGGAGAUUACCCUCACUCAGUGCGUGGAGGUGCUGGACACAUGGAGCGUCGUCCCAGCGGCUGUGCGAUUCCGCGUUCGCGACACGAUGGAAUGUGUUCGGCAGCGUGCGCUGCGUCACCUCGAGGAGCUGGAGUGCAUGGACAUUGCAGUCUUGUACACGUGCCUUCAAAAGGAAGCGAAUGCAGACGGCGCGGACUCGAUUUUGUCGGAGGCAUUGCAGCAGCGCUUGCUGAAGGCGUUUAUCCGUGACACGUCUCGCACGUGCCCCCGCUCAACAGCGAUGCUGUUUUCGGCAGUCCGCGGCACCCAUUCGCUUGCACUGGAGUUGGCGCAGCAAAUGGCGGCCCGGGCGCUGUUUCUGUCGACGGACUUCACGCCUGCCGAGCUGCUGGCAGUCCUUCGAGUGUACGUGGAGGGUCUGGUGUCCCUUUCCGUUUUGUCUGCAGAGUUGCAAGCGUCGCGAACACCAGCUCUCUUACCUGGUGCGGCGUCGUUGGUGGGUGUCACCGCCGCGUUGAACGGCUCUCCCUCCAGCGCUGCUCUCGUGACCGGUCCUCCUUUCCUGUCGCUAUCGCCGUCCGCUGCACGCCAGCGCGUACUAGAGAUGGAGCAAGCCACCCAAAGUCUCUCUGUGCUGCAGCGUGUCGGAGACGAGCUGUCGGCUCAACUCGUCGAGAUGCUCGACAGCGCAUCUGCCUACCUGUCUGUGGCGUCUCAGCUUGAGAUUGUGGAGCUCUUCGUCGAUGCUGUGGAACAGCUGUCAGGGUGUAGCAGCAUGGACGCUGGUGGCCCGCGUGGUGGGUCAGGAAGGGAUGCGGCAGCGCAACUGAUGCAGUUGUUGCCACAGUCACGUCGGGCGUUGCAACUGGUGUCGGGCAAGCUGAUUGCCAACAUGAAGACCCUCUCCUUGGCCGAACUGCUCCAGCUCCUCGAGCAGGCGAACUUUCUGGGUAGUGCCGCUUUGCAGGAUGCUGUCGUCGCAGCUGCUGUGCAGGAGCUGAUUACACGCAACAUCGAUGGUCUCACAGCUGAGUCCGCGUUGGCACUGGAGCAGAGGCUGAGGGCCCUCACUGAGCUCAGAGCAGAGCAUCAGCGCCGCUUGUCUACUGCAAUCAUUCCCAAGGUACGCCGCUUUAUUUAG